AUGGCAACAUUGUAGCUAAAUUGACACCGAACGGUGAGGUAGGCUCUUUUUCUGUUUUCAGUCCUUAUUUAUCGUGAAAAUUACGCGAUUUUCGUGACAAUUUGUUGCCGAUUACACCAUUUUAAUGCCUAUAAUUUACUGAGGGCAGCGUAUAGCGGAGGGCUGUAUCGGCGCAGUGAUAACAACAGCGAUGGUAAUGGCGGGGACCCCGUCACCGCAGAGCGUUGGCCGCGAGUUUGUCCGCCAGUACUACACGCUGCUCAACGAGGCGCCCGCCCAUCUGCAUAGAUUCUACAACAACUACUCGUCGUUCGUGCACGGCGGUCUGGACGCACCCAAUCGUGAGACGCUGCCCGUCAUCGGUCAGAAGCAGAUACACAACCGCAUCCAGCAGCUCAAUUUCCGCGACUGCCAUGCUAAGAUCAGCCAGGUGGACGCGCAGGCCACUCUGGGCAACGGGGUAGUGGUGCAAGUGACGGGCGAGCUGUCAAACGGCGGGGCGCCUAUGCGUCGCUUCACACAGACCUUCGUGCUGGCCGCGCAGUCGCCCAAGAAGUAUUACGUGCGCAACGACAUCUUCCGCUACCAGGACAUUGUGUUCUCGGACGAGGAGGGCGAGGGCUCGGGCCGUUCAGAGGGCGAGGAGGAGGAGGGAGUGGCGGCGGGCGGGUACUUCCCCCCCGCGCCUAACUUCCCCGCGCCGUUCCCCGCGCCUCCCGCCCCGCCGCACGCGCCCAUGCUGUCGCCACCCGCGCCCGCACCACCCGUCGCGCCCACGUCGCCCGGCCCGCAGCCCGGCGCACCGCACCUGAACGGCCACCCGCAACACGACGACGCCGCGCGGCACCUCGUGCAAGCCAUGCAGGGGAGCACGAUCUCGAGCGGUGCUUCAGUGGGCGCCAACACCAGCGUUGGGUCUGUGGAGCUCGAGGAGGCGGUACUAGAGCCCGAGCCGGAAGCCGAGCCCGAGCGCGAGCCGUCGCCUCCGCCACAGCCCACUACACCGGUGGCGCCGGAGCCCAAGACUUACGCCAAUCUUCUCAAGUCGGGCUCCUCCAGCGGUGCGGGCGCCCCCCGCGGCUCUCCCCCCGCGCAGCUCGCACCCCCCGCGCCCGCCGCGUACCCCCCGCAGCCCCCGCCCGCGCAGCACGAGCCGAGACCCCGCCCGCCGCGCAACCCGCAACCACCGCAGCAAACAGGCCCGGGCGCGGAGAGCGCGCGGCGCUACUCGGACGCGCAGCAGCUGUUCCUGGGCAACCUGCCGCACUCGGCCACCGAGGAGGAGCUGCGUGCGCUGUUCGCGCGCUUCGGGCCCGUGGCCGAGCUGCGCGUGCACAGCAAGCCCGCGGCGCCAGGCGCGGCACGCCACCCCAACUACGGCUUCAUCACGUACGAGAGCGCGCAGGCCGCCGCAGACUGCCUCAACGCCGCGCCCCUGUACUUCCCGGCGGAGGGCGGCGAGGGCGCAGGUGUGAAGUUGAACGUGGAGGAGAAAAAGAUGCGAGGCCGCGAGCCGCCGCGUCGCCGCCCGCUGUCAUCACACCGCGCCGCCUUCCAACCGCGCCAGCCCUACCGUCGCUAGCGCCCGACCGUACCAGAGUUGUUCCUGGCACUGCCCCGCGGCGCCGGACUCUUUCUCCGCCCGUGGCACUACUCGCGGGCCGUCACUUACAUUAAGCUCUACCACCACACCGCCCGAGGCGGCACCCAAGUCUAAUAAAUUACUACUAUUGUAAACCCUUCGACACACCAAACGCGGGACGGAAGCUUUGCGGGACUACCACGAUAAAAAGGCUACCCUUCCAUCAAAGAUGUGCGAUUUUGCUUAGCGAGCGAUGUGUUUCCAGCCAAUUGGUGAGCUAUUGAAAUCCAGCAAUAUAAAUAUUAGUGAGUUUUAAACAUAUCCUUCGCAAAAAUUUCUCGCACGUCUUUGGGGCAAAGGUCGUCUACACACGGACUUGAUGUGCUAGAGAACAACAGAUUAAUAGCAUUUAAAAAAAGGAACUUGCAGACUUGUUUUUUUUUUAAAUCUUAAUCACUGAAUUCGAAAUUCGAAUUUGUGUAAAUAAAUGCUGAACAAGCGCGUUUUCAUUGCGUAAUAUCAUCUCUGGGAAAAGCGUUGCUUUCUAGCAUGCAGAGUGCAAAAACAGGGUUAAAACUCUGUAUGUGCUUACAUAGCUCUCACAGAGUGUUAACCCUUCAUGGUUAGUCUCAGUACAAUAAGCUUUGAGCCUUCGAGUAAUAAUGUAGUUCGUGUUUCAGACGACAUAGCAGAGUCGCUAUGCUGUCCAAUUGUCUGAAAGUGUCAAUAACUUUAUUAAUUAUCGGACAUUAAGAAAAUAACAGUUUCUCAAGAAUCGGUCAGUCAUAAUAACGAUCUUGAUAGUCUGUUAUUAUCUCAAUAUCGGUUUAUUAAUGCAGGCCUUACCCACUUAUCACGCCCGUGU